UGAAGAUCCAACAGUGUUUCUCUGGAUAAUCACUUCCUGUUUUUUUCCUUCGUCUCUCUCUAUCCCUACAGACAUAUACACCUUUAUAAGGGAUUUUGCUGUGGGCGAGCACCCCACUUGAAUCUUGAGGGAAUGGCGCGGCCGGCCCCAAAUUUCAAUAGUAUUGUCCAUUCUCCUCCAUUUACUUUCCUCGUCGGCCCCGACCAUAUCAAACUCACUAUCCAGUCUGGCCUUGCCCGCCAUGUCUCCCAACCGUUGGAUGAGUUGAUGAACAAUGGCCACACUCGCGAGUCGAGGCACCAUAUUGCCGUCCUAGAAGAGGAAGAUGUCGAGACCUUUGUUGGAUUUUGUGAAUUUGCCUACACAGGUGAUUACACAGUUCCAAAUCGAAGAAAAGGUAUGGAAUCGACACCGGCCCAUGGUGCACCGUUCGGUGGACCGGCGAUGAUGAAUCCUAUUCCCCCGCCUGCGCCAUCUCCGCCGCGAACGCCGGCCUUGGGAGAAGAGAUGGGUGUGAACCCAGAGGGUGGUGAUGACGCCGGCGCCCAGAAUGAUGGAGCUGAGGGAAUGCCAGACUCUGGGAAGAAAGGAAAAAAGGGGAAAAACAAGAAAAAGAGAGGUGGAAAGUCGUUUGAUGAAGGUGCGGCAUCGGCUUUGACUCCACCCAGCACCCCACCACCCAUGGCUGAAGGAGAAGAGCAAAAAGAUGAAACAAAGGAAGAAGAGAAUGAGGGAGAAAACCAAGGUGGCCAGGAGGCUACUCAGGGCGGGGGCCCGUUCGACCAGGACCCUUCGCAGCAGGUUGAUGCCUCGAGACCGAAACCUCUCCGACCCGAGCCCCAGAAUCCUUUUCUAUUCGCCCGUCGCUCUAGCGUUACCCUCUGGGAUGAGUUCACUUCUCUCCAGUAUGGUGAACAGCAGUACCACUCAGCCAUGGGGCUUCCGUCGCCCAUCUUACGCAGCGUUUCCUCAUACAGCAACGAAACUGGCCAGGAGCCCUACGUGCUUUUCCAUGCAAAGCUUUAUGUCUUCGCAUCCCGCUAUCUUAUCCCCACUCUCGCCCAGCUCUGCCUGACUAAAUUGCAUCGCGACCUUAUCUGUUAUCCUCUGACAACCUCUUCUGCCGACAAUGCCGGACCAACCAAUGUCCCCAAGAUUCUCGAGCUUCUCCAUUUCGCAUACACCAGCACCAAACGUGAGGAUCCGGCAUUCGCUCCCGCCAAUGCUCCCCCAGCCCGCGACAAUCAACUCCGCAAUCUCGUAACGCACUUUGCUGCAUGCAAGGUCAGGGAGCUGGCAGGUUACCAACCACCCGAUUACUCUCCGGCCUCAUACACCUCACCAGAAAUGGGUCUUGACGGCAAAGAUACCAGUGCCUUUGGCCUCAUGAUCCCUCCCAACCUUGGGUUCCGUGAUCUCCUCGAUGGUAUUGGUGAAAUGGCUUCCGAUCUCGUGUAUCGCAUGAUGUGAUUGCUUUAACGUACGUUCGCUCGGGCAUCUUUGCACCUUGUUCUUCAAACCUCUUUGCUUCUAUCCAAAGUCAUGAAUCGUUAGCGGGAAACUACAAGCAUAGGUAACUCUGGAGUUCCGGGCAGUAAUAUGAUGAUGUGGGAUGAUUUGACUCGAGCUUCUAAAUCUUCUGCUGUGCUUUGAUUCUUUCUUUUAUUUCUCUCUUUCUUUUCUUUUCUUCUCUUUUCUUUUUUUUUUCCCUUUUGUCCCUUCAUGUGUCUAUUGUACCUGAUCUUCGGCUUUUCAGAUUGUUUCACUCUCCUUGUUAUUUCCAAACACUGUGUUCCUCAUUGCAUUGCUCUUUUUGACAUUCUAUUUCGCUUCUGCUGCUUCCCUAUUUCUAUUUGCAUAUGCAUUAUAUCAGACUCACCAUAA